CUCCCGGAGCAGCCCCGGCGGCCGGAGCGCCCCGCCGACUCGGGAGAAUGCGGCGGCGAUCGCGGAUGCUGCUUUGCUUCGCCUUCCUCUGGGUGCUGGGCAUUGCCUAUUACAUGUACUCCGGGGGCAGCACGGCACUGGCCGGCGGUGGAGGUAGCGGCGGAACCGGCAAGAAGGAGGACUGGAAUGAAAUUGACCCAAUUAAAAAGAAAGACCUGCACAAUAACAAUGGGGACGACAAAGCACAAAAUGUGGAGACCCUCCCUCCAGGAAAAGUUCGGUGGCAAGACUUCAAUCAAGACGUUUACGUUGGAGUCACUAUGGUACGAUCUGGUCAAGACCCAUAUGCCCGUAACAAAUUCAACCAAGUGGAAAGUGACAAGUUGCGAAUGGACAGAAACAUACCUGACACCAGACAUGAUCAGUGUCAGCGAAAGCAAUGGCGAGUAGACUUGCCUGCUACCAGUGUGGUCAUCACUUUUCACAAUGAAGCCAGAUCAGCCUUGCUGAGAACUGUAGUCAGUGUGCUUAAGAAAAGUCCCCCCCAUCUUAUAAAAGAAAUCAUAUUGGUAGAUGACUACAGUAAUGAUCCUGAGGAUGGUGCUCUGUUGGGGAAGAUUGAGAAAGUCCGGGUUCUUAGAAAUGAUCGACGAGAAGGCUUGAUGCGCUCUCGGGUCCGAGGGGCAGAUGCAGCCCAAGCUAAAGUCCUGACAUUCUUGGACAGCCACUGUGAAUGCAACGAGCACUGGCUGGAGCCCCUCCUGGAGAGGGUAGCAGAGGUGAGAACAAAUGUUUUGUCACAGAUUAUCCUGGGAAGGAAAGAUAUAAUUUCAACAGAUGUAUGGACACAUUUCUUUUUGACUUCUCAUUUAUCUUCUGUUGCUUUUCUCUUGCAUACAGGUUUUGAUUGGAAUUUAGUAUUCAAAUGGGAUUACAUGACCCCAGAGCAGAGGAGAGCACGCCAAGGAAAUCCAGUUGCUCCCAUAAAAACCCCCAUGAUCGCUGGCGGGUUGUUUGUGAUGGAUAAAUUCUACUUUGAAGAACUCGGGAAAUAUGAUAUGAUGAUGGACGUAUGGGGAGGAGAAAACCUAGAGAUUUCAUUCCGAGUGUGGCAGUGUGGUGGCAGCUUAGAAAUCAUCCCAUGUAGUCGAGUUGGACAUGUAUUCCGGAAGCAGCACCCCUAUAGUUUUCCAGGGGGCAGCGGCACUGUAUUUGCCAGAAACACUCGCAGGGCAGCAGAAGUCUGGAUGGAUGAAUAUAAAAAUUUUUACUAUGCAGCAGUGCCUUCAGCCAGAAAUGUUCCAUAUGGGAAUAUUCAGAGUCGACUAGAAUUAAGGAAGAAACUUAAUUGCAAGCCCUUCAAAUGGUACCUUGAAAAUGUCUACCCCGAAUUAAGGGUUCCUGACCAUCAGGAUAUAGCUUUUGGAGCAUUGCAGCAGGGUAACAAUUGCCUGGAUACUUUGGGACAUUUUGCAGAUGGCGUUGUAGGAGUUUAUGAAUGCCACAACUCUGGGGGAAACCAGGAAUGGGCCUUAACAAAGGACAAGUCAGUAAAACAUAUGGAUUUGUGCCUUACUGUGGUGGACAGAGCUCCCGGAUCCCUCAUAAAACUACAGGGCUGCAGAGAAAAUGACAGUAGACAGAAAUGGGAGCAAAUUGAGAGCAAUUCUAAAUUGAGGCACGUUGGCAGCAAUUUGUGUCUGGACAGCCGCAACGCCAAAAAUGGGGGCCUGAGUGUGGAAGUCUGCAGCCCAUCCUUAUCGCAACAGUGGAAGUUCACACUCAACCUGCAGCAGUAGAAGGGCUGAGGAAAACCAACCCAACACCCAGGGAACGCCGCCGUCAUGUUUCCUACACAUCGGGCAGAGUUUUGAAGAUCGCAUUACAGAUUAUAUUUCUUAAACUUUCCACAGAACUAUAUACCUCAGUAUUCCAUCAUGGUCUGCAAAUAGGAGAACUCCAUCAGCAAGGCACAGGGGAGCUGUGUGGACAAGGGGAAGAGGGAAAAUGCUGCUUUCCUUAUCUCACCAAACACCGGUGCAGCCGUGCUCCCUCUUCUCUGCGAGCCCUUCUUCCCAUUUCUUUCCCUCUCCCCCUUAGCACUCGCACAAACAGUCGAUUAACAUCCCUAGCAACAACUGACAUACUGUAGGAAAAAUGGAUCUAAACACAUACAGGUUGGGGAAUAAGGGAGGGAGAAAGGGGUGUAGUUAACUUUCUCACUGAGAAGAUCAUUUUUAAAGCUCCAUUUUUUUUCCCCCAUAGAAAGCAUCAUUUACGGUUUCUGAAAACUGAACUGUCAUUUUGAAGGUUUAUGGGGUUGUUUUUUUUUCCCUUCCCCUUCACCUCCCUCCCCAGCCCUCUUCCAGUCCUGAAUCCCAUACUCCCAUAUAAUGUACUUGCUAUAUUUGAUUAUGAACUUUUCUAUGAUGGGACACUAAAUAUAAAUAUAUAUUAAAAAAUAUGGUCAGUUCCCAAAUGGUUUAUAUGGGUCAUCAUCAUCACCAUCACCAUCAUCAUCCUGUCAAUUCUCCAGAAAGCUGUUCACACACGUGAAAAGAAGAAAAGGAGCUUGAACCCAGUUAUGAAAUGGAGCUCUGUUCUGACAGAGGGAGAGAGCCUCACCUGCCUCCUGGGGGUCUUCCCAUGAGUGGGUGCUUCUUGGCCAGCCGAGGACACAAGAGGCAACGGAAGAGGAAAGGGAAGCAUCAUUCAGGGCCAAGACCCAAUCCCUCUUCAUCCCAGCAGCAUCUGUGUCUGGCAUUUACUUUGGGUUUGCUGCUGUGACUUGGAAUUCACUCUUGUGUGCUGUCAGUAUCUGUAAACCUAUAUCAGUUACUUGUAUUGAAGAAUAUUGCUUUUGGUCUUUUAAAUUAAAUUUCUUUUCUUUAAAAAAUAAAAAAUAAAAACAACCCCACAGCUCCCCAUAUGAGUAAUGGCACAACUUGCCAUAGUCCUUUGACAGGUGCAGACAAAUUGUGUUACAUUGUGUAGCUGUCACAAUACCAGCAUUGGUCUAAUUAUUACUGGAGCCCAUAAGACUAGGGCUUUCGAAAUUAAUUGAGCUGCCAGCUGAAUGUUUGGGAUUAGUGGUUGUGGCCCGAAAACAAAUCCAGUUUACAGAUUUGGUUUAAUUGGUGUCCUGAAAUGUGAGUGGCACCCUCAUGGUUAAAGCGGGUCCUGGAUUGCAACCUGCCUUCUCCCCGGUACCAUUUUUGAAGUCCUUAUAUUGGAAUACAUCACAUCUUUUCUUCCUCUUCUCUAAAUGACUGCAUUGGUGAGCUUUGAGUAAAGAAAGAAAAUGAAUGGAAAAUCAAUGCCAGAAAACUUAAUGUAAUGAAUUGGUGUACAAGAGGAGAGCCUUUUGGUUUAGGAAGACGAUUUCUAUUUAAACCAUGGAAUGAUUAUAACCGAUAGUAAGGAACGUGUGUGUGUGUGUGUG